GCAGUAGGAGGAGGAGGAGGGAGCGCUGGGUCCCCGGCCGCCGUGGCCGGCUCGGCCUGCCCUUUGUGCCCGCAGCCCGCGCCCCGUGCCGAUGGCCGCUGCGCCGGGCUUCCCGACCGCUCGCGCCCGCAGACGGACCUAACCCCGCGCGCCUGGGAUGCGCCGGGGAUGCGCGUCCUCCGGCCCUGCGGCUCCUCGCGGCUGGGCGCCGGGCGAUGGAGCUGAGCAUGAAGAAGUUCACCGUGCGCAGGUUCUUCUCCGUGUACCUGCGCAAGAAGUCGCGCUCCAAGAGCUCCAGUCUUAGCCGACUCGAGGAAGAAGGCAUCGUGAAGGAGAUUGACAUCAGUCAUCAUGUGAAAGCAGGCUUUGAAAAGGCCGACCCUUCCCAGUUUGAACUGUUAAAAGUUUUGGGACAAGGGUCCUAUGGAAAGGUGUUCCUGGUGAGGAAGGUCAAGGGGUCGGAUGCUGGGCAGCUCUACGCAAUGAAGGUUCUGAAGAAGGCCACCUUGAAAGUUCGGGACCGAGUCAGAUCGAAGAUGGAGAGAGACAUUUUGGCAGAAGUGAAUCACCCUUUCAUCGUAAAGCUUCAUUACGCCUUCCAGACGGAGGGAAAACUCUAUCUGAUUCUGGACUUCCUGCGCGGAGGAGACCUCUUCACCAGGCUCUCCAAAGAGGUGAUGUUCACGGAGGAGGACGUCAAGUUCUACCUGGCCGAGCUGGCCCUGGCGCUAGACCACCUGCACAGCCUGGGGAUCAUCUACAGAGACCUGAAGCCGGAAAACAUCCUCCUGGACGAAGAGGGACACAUUAAGAUCACAGACUUCGGGCUGAGUAAGGAGGCCAUCGACCACGACAAGAGAGCCUAUUCGUUCUGCGGGACGAUCGAGUACAUGGCGCCCGAGGUGGUGAACCGGCGGGGCCACACGCAGAGCGCGGACUGGUGGUCCUUCGGCGUGCUCAUGUUCGAGAUGCUCACGGGCUCGCUGCCAUUCCAGGGGAAGGACAGGAAGGAGACCAUGGCCCUCAUCCUCAAAGCCAAGCUGGGCAUGCCGCAGUUCCUCAGCGUGGAGGCUCAGAGCCUUCUGAGAGCCCUCUUCAAACGGAACCCCUGCAACCGGCUGGGUGCUGGCCUGGACGGCGUGGAGGAGAUCAAGCGCCACCCUUUCUUUGUCACCAUCGACUGGAACAAGCUGUACAGGAAGGAGAUCAAGCCGCCCUUCAAGCCGGCGGUGGGCAGGCCAGAGGACACCUUCCACUUCGACCCCGAGUUCACGGCGAGGACGCCCACAGACUCACCUGGCGUCCCCCCCAGCGCCAACGCUCCCCAUCUGUUUAGAGGAUUCAGCUUCGUGGCCUCCAGCCUGGCCCAGGAGCCCUCACAGCAAGAUUCGCACGAAGCCACAGUUCACCCCAUCGUGCAGCAGUUACACGGGAACAACACCCGCUUCACCGAUGGCUAUGAGGUCAAGGAGGACAUCGGGGUGGGCGCCUACUCCGUGUGCAAGCGCUGUGUGCACAUGGCCACAGACGCCGAGUACGCCGUGAAGAUCAUCGAUAAGAGUAAAAGGGACCCCUCGGAAGAGAUUGAGAUCCUCCUGCGGUACGGCCAGCACCCCAACAUCAUCACCCUCAAAGACGUCUACGACGACGGGAAGUUCGUGUACCUGGUGAUGGAGCUGAUGCGGGGCGGGGAGCUGCUGGACCGCAUCCUGCGGCAGAGGUACUUCUCGGAGCGGGAAGCCAGCGACGUGCUGUGCACCGUCACCAAGACCAUGGACUACCUCCACUCCCAGGGGGUUGUUCACCGGGACCUGAAGCCGAGCAAUAUUCUGUAUAUGGACGAGUCUGGAAACCCCGAAUCCAUCCGAAUCUGUGACUUCGGGUUUGCCAAGCAGCUGCGAGCCGAGAAUGGGCUGCUGAUGACCCCCUGCUACACAGCCAACUUCGUUGCCCCGGAGGUCCUGAAGCGGCAAGGCUAUGACGCGGCUUGUGACAUCUGGAGUCUGGGGAUCCUGCUGUACACCAUGCUGGCGGGAUUUACCCCUUUUGCAAACGGACCGGAUGAUACCCCUGAGGAUAUCUUGGCAAGGAUUAGCAGCGGGAAGUACGCCCUUUCCGGGGGAAACUGGGAUUCCAUAUCUGACGCGGCAAAGGAUGUCGUGUCCAAGAUGCUCCACGUGGAUCCUCACCAGCGCCUGACAGCAGUUCAAGUCCUCAAACACCCGUGGAUUGUGAACAGAGAGUACCUGUCCCCAAACCAGCUCCGCAGACAAGACGUCCACUUGGUGAAGGGAGCAAUGGCCGCCACCUACUUCGCCCUGAACAGAGCCCCCCAGGCCCCGCGGCUGGAGCCCGUGUUGUCCUCCAGCCUGGCCCAGCGCCGGGGCAUGAAGAGACUCACGUCCACGCGGCUGUAGCCGAGCCCGGCGCCCGCUCAUCCUGCACCUUCUUGGGCAGCCGGAGAGGAUCCAGGCGGGCGGCCUCCCGACGCCUGGCUGCGCCCACCUUGCCACCUCCGCCCCCAGCCAACCAGACGGAGGCCUUCCUCCGCGGACCGCGCCGAGUGCCUGGAGGCUCCUCCAGCCUGUGGGGCUUGCACAGUCAUGGCUUGUGUUUCCAUGGAGACGUAUGUUUUCCAGUUUUAAAGUCAGUGACCUGGUCUGAUUUCCGGCACACACAGCCCAGGUGUCACGGUGUGAAGGUGACAGUUAACGGCAGAGCCCUGGGGGCCCGGCUUCUGCGCCUCUGCCCACGGCUGAGUGACCGGUGGGCACAGGGCACCUAGGAGCAGACGCCUGGUCCCUCCAGAUGAUCCAAAGAGCCCUCGUCUCAUUGCCCCCCACUUGGCACUGAGGCCCCCGUGUUCUCUCCUGUUGCAGAUCUGAUGGGGCGAGGCCACCCCGGCUCCGGGAGCAGCAACUUCGCCUCGGUGGCCACGUUUCACAAGAACCGCUCCCGUCCCCGGGAGGGAGCCAGCCCAACUUGUGCCCAUGUUUUCGCGUUCUCCUGAGGACCGGGGGCUGCAGGAGCGGCUGCUUCACACUCCUGCCCCGGUUCCAGGGUCGCCGCGGCCGCCCCGAGCUUCCGAGAGGGGCUGGCUUUCCCCUUUCAUGGAAACCCUGUGGCCCCUGGGAACCCUCAGUUGGGGUGCCUCCCGUCAGUCCCUUCUCGGCUCCCCUGGAGACCCCUGCCCCCCGCCCGGGGCCGGAGGAGAGCAGAGGCCGUGUUGCCGAGCGGGGGCGCCCGCGGGGGCGCCCUGUGUGGAAGCUGUGCUUUUGUGUCGUGCUUUGUGUUUCUGUUGCACAGGUCUGCCCUCACCUGACAUGUCAGGGAUAUUUAAUGUGUCCCCCGGGGCGUGUGAACACAGGAGUGGGUGUGUUGCAGGGCGAGCCACCGCCGGGGCCUGGAGGACAGAGGCCUGUGUCCUCCCAGCCGGCCCCAAACCAGGGGCCCACCGGCCGGCUGACCGGAGGGCCCUUGCCCACCGUGCUGUGACUGGCCGGCAUUGCUGGGCACCCCCUGCCCUCGGGGGGAGGGGGAGCACCUGUUGGCCUCAGCCGGGUUUUCACCAAGAAGACGAUUUUUGAAAGUCUCUCCAUUUCAACUCACUCUGGUACCCAACUCAACCGACAAAAACAAAAACAAUGCCGCCUUCUAAAAAAUAGCUCCCUAGCUUGGUCUAAUGGUUUUCAGACCUGAAAAUAUAAAUGUAUCACAGAAGCUUUAAUUACCCCAUGAGCCUUCUUUUUUUUUUUCCUCAGAACUACAAGGAAUAAAAAGGUGGGGACUCAUUCAUGUACCUGUUUUCCCACAAAGCCCUCUUGGGCACUUCACAUAUUUCUCAAUAGAAAGUGCUUUUUCCCAAGGCUCAAAAGAUUUCCACCCACAAUAGUUUUGUUUUAGGUCAGAACUAUUUUGUCUGUUAUUAGAAACUUAGGAAAACCUGGGUGGUCCCAGGUCACAGAUUUUGCCCUCCCAGAAAUCGACAGCUGUCCUUGUAUCUUGUGUUUGCCGCACAGGCAACGGUUGGUCCAUCAGCCGCCUGGGCCUCUGUCCUGGGCUUGGGGACCCCGGGACUCGCCCCUCAGCGGACCCCGCCCGUGGCAGGGCACCCCGGCUGUUCCCCACUCUCUGCUAAACCAACUCGAAUGCCCUGAGAUACCUCCACGCCCUCGCCCUUGUGCAAACAAAGUGGUACUUGAAACCCUUCUGCAGAGAGGCAGCCUAGAGAAGCUGAGAGCCUGUGUUUAAUUGAACUGGCUUAAGUCUCAAGUAGCCAGUGGCUGGGCUUCCUAACCGGCAGUCGGUAUGUGAAUGAAGGUGCCAUCACCGCGUUAUUCACCUGUACGGGGCACCUCCACCAUUCACGCAAGGCCUUGCGGGAUUUGCACACGUGGUGUGACAGCCCAGCAACUUAACUGGCUGCCCUGCCCUCCUGUAGAGUCAGACCCCCUUGGAUCACCAAAACCACAGACAUGGUUGUGAUAAACCCGAACCCGGGGUCUCAGGCCUUCGGCCCUGCCGGUCCCCCUCCGUGGCACCCACUGUAGUCCCAUCCACCCCGGCGCCUGCCCACUUUAAGAGGAACACCUGGCACCCCCCAGAGGGAGAGCUCUGCCCGAUGCUGUCCCCCACGUCACAAUGGGCAAGAGUGAGAUUUCACUUGUUCCCCAGGGGCAGUCGGUCGUGAUUUCAAACUUCCCGCGUGUGUGGCCGCGCGGAAGGCUGUCAGGGCUCUGAGUGGUCACGGCUCCGACGCGAGCCCGUCCUGCUGACUGAUGUGACCCAGCGCCACCUGGGGUGGUGGCCUUGCUUCUCUGGGUGCCUCCAGCACAGGAGGGGUCCGAUCUGCACUCGUUCUCUCCCAUGUGGUUUGGUGGCCUCACCUCUCCAAGAGCCGUGGGAUUCUAGAAUGGAAAGGACACCGCAGGUCCUGAGUGAUGAGGAGAAGCCACCCACGGGCUCAGGGCGUCACCAGGAAGGGACCCGCCAGCUGCAGCCGAGCCCGCGCUCCCCCGAGGACACCGCCAGCACUUUGUGUCCCUGCCCGCGUCCGUGUUUACAGGGGACUCUCGCGUUCACGCUUUAUAUUUUAUGUUGGAGAUGGGCGGCCACUCUACGAUAUUUAUUACGCUUUCCAGACUUUCUGAAUAGAUUUUUUUAAUAAACAUGGGUUUU